AAGUGAGAAAACAGAGGAGAAGGUUACAGAUUCUUGUUCACUUUUUGGAAUUCCUGAUUUAUUUUUAUUUUGAUUGGUUCUUGUUUGUGAUUUAAUCAUUUCAUCAAUUGUUUAAGCUUAUUUCUAUUUUUACUAUCACACUUAUGCACAUAUAUAUCUUUCCUCCUUUUUUUCUUUUUCACUUACAGAUAGAUGUUCAUUCCCCCUGGCUGUAUUGAUAUAUUUUGUAUCACGUUAAAAGUUUCAAUAAAUAAAUAAAGAGGAGAAGGUGUAUCUACAGAGAAAAAUAAAUAAAUAAAAUUUGCACCAUCAUGGGCCAGCUGCUGUCAUCAGAAGAACAGCUUCCUCAGCUGAAGGAGGCCCUUGGUUCUGUCAUCUAUGAUGCCAUGUUAGAAGGAGAUGCUGUGCCUGACCUCAGGGUGGUUCAUCCUCUCCUACUAACCAAUCAGAACGACAACGCUGACUCUCAGACCCGCCUACAGGAACACCUGCAACAGCUGCAGAGUGAAAUCGGAAACCGGGUGCCCGCCUACCUGAAGGAUCUGGUCAGCCGACUGUCGGCCUUCUCGGAUGAGCCGAGCCUGACCGGCCUGGUGGGAUUAGUGAUCACCAUGGUGGUGGAUAUGGCCUAUGCAUCGUCAAAACAAUCAUCAGGAGAGGAAGGGAGGGCGGCCGGGUCGUCGUCAUGUCAGCAAAGAAUCUGCGAGCUGCAGGAGGUGAUGGAUGAAUACCUAAAGCGCUGCAGAAUCAACCUAAGUGAUAAAAGCAGGUUAAUCCAGGACUCCGUCAGACUUGAGGCCCAGUUCAGCCUGAUCCUGACACAGCUGAAGACCUGUCUGCUGGGGGCACACUGUGACUCCAGGUCUCUGAGACACUGGGCCUGUGCAGCUGUGUUUCACACCCAGAUGUUGGUCCACCUGGCUUGUCUGGAGGACAAGGCAGAGCCCUUAUCUGCAAGAGCAGUGCUGAAUCAGUACCAGGAAGACCUCAAACAGAUCAUUCCUGCCUACAGGAAAUAUAAGUCCAAUACAGUCAGUGUUGUAAAAUGUCGGGGAGUUCUUCUGCCAAACUUUGACCCGGCUGGAGAUGUGCCAGAGGAGGGAGCCAUGACAGGACUGACGGUGAUGGACAGAGAGACUGGGAGGAGCGUGAACAUCCCUCUUUCUGUCAUAGAGAAAGAAAUAGGGAGAAGAAUGCAAGACUCUGAGCUCUCUGAUGCUACAUCUGCAUCUUCACGAGUUAAUCUGGACCUCAUCACCUCGGAUCAGUGUGCUCAGGUGUACCUGGAACAACUCUUUUCCAGUAAGGGACCCGUGGCAGAGCUGGAAAAAUACUUUACCAAGGCCAGCCAAAGGCUGGAAAAGCAAAGAACUUGCAUAAAAAUUAAAAACGAGACGGGAAAGGGACAAAAGAUUGAACAAAGUGAAGAAGUGUAUCUUUCAGACCAGGCAGAGGGAAUGACCGGAUAUCAAAAAAUGGGGAAAACUGAAAGCAGAGACAAUGGAACAAGAAAUUACACAGAAGAUGCAAGUUUAAAACUGAGCAUCGUAGAGACACAACCAGAGGGAAGUCUCACUUAAAUACACCACAGUUUAUCACAUGCAUAAAAGAACAGGAAGUGAAUGCUUCACUGAAAAGCAGCACUUGGAGCUUAGAGCGUUUUUGUUGCUCAGUUAGAAAAUGAUUUGUAAGCAGAGCGUUGAACUCAAGAUGAAACAUUUAUUUAGAUAUCUGGAGACACCUCAAAGAUAUUACUUAUUCUCGGUACAAAAGCAACAAAUAUGUCGAGGACAUUUUUCUGCCAGGAAUCAUAAACACGCACAUCUGAAGCCCGUUUGCUUUAACCUUUUUCAGGAUUUUUUUCAUUGCAAAUUUGUGGAAAUCAUGUUCUGAUUUAAAGAUGUUUCAGCUUUUAAUGAAACAGAAUUUAUCUUUGGAAGUUCAAUCAUUGCUGUGCCUUUUUUUAUUUAAUUUUUUUAUGCAAGUGAAUUUUAUGAUGAUUAAAUCACUUCCAAAACAAGCAACACUGAUAAAAAUAAUUGAUUACAUUUGAGCUAGCUGGGUCUGCUUACUAUUGAUGAAGUGCCUUUUUUGUGUGAGGUGACUACUUUAUUUUUAUCCGUAAUGAUUAGUUCAACCUAAAGUGCCAUCUAAAUCCAUUAGCAUUUGCCAUACGUUAUGUAUUGUUAGCCAGCACCUCUUGACAAUAAAACAGUGUUAUGCAGCAGCACGCUCGUCUUUUCAA